GCCAAGUUGGGGUCAGUACAUGACUGUGAGCAAAAGAGGAUCUGUGGGGCUGCGGGACCGCAGAGACAUGUCUCUUCUGAGUACCCAACGACUGCCUAACUGUACAGUCCGACCCAAAGACCUGUGGGUGACGGACGUGGUGCUGUUGCAAAACGUACACAAGAUAGCUGUGUCAUUUACAAGUAAGGAGAUAUGCUUUUAUGACAUAUUAUCGGAAAAGAACUUCAUCUGCCAAUAUAAAGUCCAGGGUUUAAGGUUUACUCCAUGGUGUCUGGACUAUUGGUCCAAUGCCUCCAAGCCAGAUCAGGCUAUCCUCACUGUAGGUGACAUCGGUGGACAGGUCAGCGUUUUACAUUUCACAUCAGUCCAGAUGUAUUUGUUUGAGCGACGUAGUCUGUGGACCGACUCGGAUUCUGCGGUCAUCGUCCAAUGGGAUGAUGUGCUCAAAGGAAAGCAUCACUGCUGUCACAUUGUUCAACAUCAGGCACACAAGCCAGCCUGGGUGAGGAAAGUGCUUUACUUGGACUCACUGGAAGCCUUUGUGUCGUGUAGCACCGAGCCACAAAGCAGCAUAGUGAUUGGCUGGAAGGCGAAGGACAGCAAGCGCCUACAAGUGACCUCUUUGUUUACAAAGAGAGGAGUCUGGGACAUAGACUAUCACCAUGAACUUAGGAUGAUUGCCACUGCAGGUUUGGAUCAUCAGGUUCUGUUGUGGAACGCCCACGUGACCGCCAAGCCAGUGUACAUACUCAACGGACACGUAGCCCCAGUUACGGCGGUUUGCUUCCUGCAGAAGAAAAAACAACUACUAAGCUACUCCCGAGAUAAGGUUCUGUGUUUAUGGGAUGUUUCAAGUCAGCUCUGUAUUCAUCGCCUGGAUGGCGUUUUCCCAGCGACGCAGGAUGACACGCGCACACUCCUGCUCCUGAUCGAAGAGCGCCAACUCCUGCUGCUCACCUUCAAUAGCGUGCUUGUCUUGCUGGAGAGCACGAAGGAGGAGAUGAGGCCCGGCAGUCACGAGCACCCUGUCACCUGUGUGCUUUACAACAGCCUUUUCAGACAUGUAAUAAGCAGCGACACUGGCUCCUCUGUGAUCUGCUGGCUGGCUGACACAGGCCAAAAGGUUAAGCAAAUCCACCGUUGCCAUGGAAAUGCCGACAUCUCCACCAUGGCUUUGGAUGGCACGCAGACACGGCUGUUCACUGCAGGCAGUGAUGGAGAGGUUAAAGUGUGGGAUUUCAAUGGCCGCUGCCUCCACAGAAUGAACGUUGCCCUGGGCAAGUCUGCGGCCAUCUCGCAAAUGCUGCUGCUGAGGACAAGCCUCCUGGUCAUGGGUUGGGAGAGGAUGCUGACAGUAUUCCGCCGGCAUUCCUUCUCCAAGUCUCACGUUGACCCAUCAGAGUGGAAGGGCGGUGUUCAUCAUCGCGCUGAAGUGCUCUGUGCUGCCUUCCAACCUCCACAGACUCUAGUCACAGGAAGCCGCGAUGGAGAGAUUAUAGUGUGGAACAACAACACAGAAAAAGCUCUGAGGAAACUACAGCUGCCGGCUAAACAUGAAGAAUUCAAGCAAACGAAGCGUUCCCUUGACACCAUCUCCACGUUGUCGUUUUUACAAGGUCGUACAUCUGCACAAAUAGCAAAAGGUGGUGCCGACUUGGUGUCAUGUGGCAGUUCUAGUCUGGUCAGGCUCUGGAACACGGUCCACGGCCGUCUACUGGGACACUUCAUGGCUCACGAGGCACAGCUGGGCUCUGUCGUCAUGAAUGUCAGUCCCUGUGGAAAGCUUUUAGUCACAGCAGAUCGGGUGGGCACAAUCAAGACAUGGGACAUCGAGUAUUACUGCCUGGAGUCAAACGAGGAAGUGGUGAGUGAACCUCCACAAUUGCUGCGCAGUUUCCGCCCACACCAUGAUGGGGUCACGCACCUGCAUACAAGUUUCCACGGCAAUCAUCUGCUGCUUCUGUCAGCAUCUUCAGACUGUCGUGUGGCCCUCAGCUAUCUGCCAGGAGACAUCAUUGGCUUUUUUGGACAGGAGGAGCAGUGGAGCAUUAUGAGGUCUGCAUGUGUUCACCCACAGCAGGACCCCUGUAAUGGUAGGCACCCUGACAACACAGCAGAAUGCGAGGAGAUGGAAACAGACAAGAAGCAAGAUUGUGGAACAGAGCACAGAGUUUGUCUGGGUGAAUUAUUUCUAACUUAAGUGUCUUUGCACUUUAAGUUGUUUUUUUUGAUGAUAUUAUGGCCUUGUAAUUUCACAAGUCUUGGUGAUAUUUUAUAGUGACAGAACACAAGUGAGGUUGCAAAGCGGUGCACAAUUUUUUUUAUGAAUUUUUGAUUUGAUUCAGUAAAUGUCACUUUGCACAUUAUAAUCUGAACCAACAAUAACAUAAAACAUUAUUACUUUUUUAUUUUAUUAUACUUUUUUACUUACCAUCAAGUAGCGUAAGUCAGAUGAAUUCCAAGAAAAAAUGUCAAACUUCCAAAUGGAUAACUGUAAUUUCCUGUGCUAAAAUUAUCAUGCAAAGGCUCUAGAAAUUAGUAGAACUUCUAUAGUUUUAAUAAUGCUUUUUAUUUAUUAUUUUUUUUCAUCAGUUAAAAUUACCGUUUCAAUUACUCGAGACUACAAACUGUACCAAGCUCAUCAGAAAUUGACUUUGGGUGUUUGCGUUGUGACACAUUGACCAGAAACAUCAUAAGAGGGAUGAAGCUGAAAAAAAAAAAUCAAGUGCGCGCCAGUAAAUGAUGUGAACUAGGAUGUGUUGCUAUAAUUCCGGAAGGUAAAAUUUUGACAUUAGUUGGGCACUCAACAUAAAUGAUGGCAUCUUAAAGUCAAGUGAAAAGAUGUACUCAACUUGCGUCAGCAGUAGCAGUCUGGAGACAGGAUAAAUCUUGGUACAGGUCACUGUUACUGUACCAUUUAUCAACUGGGGGUGUGAUAUUAGAUCCUAAUGAGAUGUAAAAUCAAAACUAUAUGAUAGACUUGCUGGGAUACUAAAGUACUGGAGAAAAUAUAUUUAAUCCUUGAUGCUAUAAAACCCACCCUCUCCUAAACGAUCGGGGCUUGACCAUAUAACGUUAUAUAAUUUAUACACAUAUAUAUCAUUCAAAGCAAUAAUUUAAUACUUGUACUGCAAUAUGGAGCAAGGUUUCAACUUAGUGGGUAAUGAUUACUGGUGUGAAUAUUUUGUUUUAUGAAUGAUCAGAUACCAAUUAACUAAUUACAAGACAGGAAUGUUUUUGUAACCCCAUAAAAUUACUAUAUUUUUGUUUACUACAGUGGCUUUCAAUACAAUGUAGAAUUCUUCUCAAUUAUAUGCUAAUAAAUAUGUUUAUUUUAUUGCAUUUAAAUGUUUUUCUUCAUGCUGCACGCUAGCAUAGUACUUAGUACAUCCCUCCUCCAAAAAAUAUAACAUGGAUUUCACAUUCUGGAAACAUACGGUACUCUAACUCAGGGAUAGGCAAUGACAGUGACAGCCCCUUUUGCGUAGUUUUAAGUUGUAAUAUCACCAUUGACCACUAGAUCGCAGACAUGGCUUAGUUGCAUUUACACCAAGGCUUAUACUGCCCUAUAAUACGAGAGUGAACCUAAAAGUUUGUUGUGGAAUAGGACUGAAAGGCAGGAAUACCUCAAUAAAGUGAGUUAAUUCUUUAGAACAAUUCACAAAAUGAGUUGGUUUGCGCUUCAGCAGUUUUGUGCCAUCAUAGAAUAGUAUUGUUUUUAAGCAAGGCAGCACUUUACAUUGGGGAGGGGUGCAAUUUGUGGUUAUUUUAUAGCUCGCUUCAAACCCUUUGUUGUUGGUUUAGGAUUGAUUUGUAUGAUUUUUGUUGUUGAUUUGUUGUGAGAAAUCAUGAGGUAAAUCUGGAAUGAUCAAAUAUCAUUGCUUACUAUUUAAAUGUAACCUAUACUCUUCCUUAAAAUGAAUUUUGUUUUGUUUGGAGUGUGGUGCUCAGUGAGCUAUUCAUCAUGGGAAUGAUUGUGAGCACAACAAAGGUUAAUUUAGUACAAAUAUAUAAUAUACUUUGUAGUGGAGUUGACGUUUUUAUUACUUUGGAUGUUGUGGAGUCAGUGGUGUGUCUGAAAGUAGCAGUUAAUGAAUAGAUGUACCAGGCGCAGUAUAUUGGCCUGUGCAAUUGAUUUAACGACAUUAUUAAGUUGUUGCAUUGCUUUAAAAUUGGCCUGUUGCAUAUAUUUGUCUCUAGUGCAACUGUAGCGCUUCUUAUUGAUGCCUUGAAAUACAACUUUUCAAAAUAUUACACGAAUGCACACACCGGGAAAAUGAAGAUUAAAUAUUUAAAUUGCAGUCUCUGCUUCUACAUUCCAUCUUUACAAUCAGAAUUUAAUUUCCUGUCACUUUAAAGGAAACAGUGUUAUUGCUGAGAUUUUUUUUUUUUUUUUUACUGGGAUGUUUCAGUCACUGUCCCAGUGUUGAUGUGUGUAGGCAUGUGUGUAUGUGCAUAGAUGGGUCUUAAGAAAAGUUCAUCACGUAAACCAAUCAGCCAAAGCAAAAGAAAGAAAUCCUAGUCUACACACUUCAUCACUGUGUGUGUGUGUGUGUGUGUGUGUGUGUGUGUCCAAUGCACGACUGAUAUUGAUGUGUCUGAGUGGUCAGUGUAAUCCGAACAAGUGCUCUUGUGACCAUGAGAGAUGAAACUGUGGGUCUCUGUCUCUCCAGAGGCCACUUUUUUGUGUUGCCUGUAAGAUCACUUCUACAACUAGAAAGUGGGGAAGUUGCAAAAUUGGAUGAAUGAGACAUCAGUAUAUCAUGCAAAAUUUCAAUGUACCUCACAAGGUAAUGCUUUCUCUACUACCUUUUACUGAAUUUACUGUUUUCGACCACUAUUUACAUUCCACCGUGGAUAUACUACAGUGUGAAUAGACAAAAUUAUUUUUGUGUUUAUCUUAUUUGAAUUGUCUUCUGUCCUUUCCUUAAUAGUUUAUCAAUGAGGCUGAACAAUGAUCAUGUAAAUCAGUGAGCUUUUAGGAAGAAGCUAAUCUUCCUCAUCUGGCUUCUUAUGUAGACAAAGAAGAAGCGGACCAUGAAUGAAGGCGAAUUGAAAUGAACUCUGUGAUUAACGCGCAGUACAAUACAAACUUUUUGGCUAGGUUGUUGUACUAUUGAUCAUCUUAAUCUUGAAUAUGUUUUUUUUUAAAGUCUUACUCCUCAGUGGGAUACAAAUAUAUUUUGGAUUGGUGUUGAUUUGAUUUGCUUGGAGGCUACAGGAAGUGUGCUCACAGAGUAAAUGACAUUCAACGAUAUAACAGACAUAAAUCUCCAUGCACACCCUAUUUCCUAUGUGCACUGUAAUAAUGUGUGUCUAUAUUCUAUAAAUUAUUGUAAUUCUAGGUGUUAGAUUGAGUGUUUGCAAAAAAAAUUCGGUUUACUCAUUGAUGAUUUUAUUUCAUAAUAGAGGUGGUAGUUAUUAGGUGGUAACAAGGGUUUGCACGUUCUAUAAAUUAAGGGGCUUAGCUUUGUAAUAUUGCCUCAUCUGGUAAAAGGACACAUACAUCUCUAUUCUUAUAGUCAAUUUUAAAGAUAGCUUCAUUUAUAUGUAUGAGUUUUGUAGCAGGUGAUUUAGUUGGAGUCUUGAUGCACGUUGCAGCUCAGACGACCAGACUGCAUCAUAAUUAACAUACAUCAAAUUGUCAUGUAAUUUACUCCUCAUCCUGAUGUAGAUGCAUGGUUAAUUUUACCAUUCCCAAGAUAUAAUAUUGUGCAAAUAAAUGAAUACACCACUGUAACAAGAGCAUGGUUAUCCAGCAU